UACGGUCUGAUGCAUUACGGUAAAAAUAAUUCUUUAACCGCACGCUCGUCAUUAUAACACAUAUUUAAGCCAAUACAAACGUGAUCGGUUAAUCUUUUCAUUAUUUUGACCAUUGAAUGCAACUGCAUAUCUGAAGUCACGUUGUAAAAAGCAUGCUCGCUUGACUAUGGCAUUUUUAAAAGAAGGACAACAAGUCAUGUUUUCACCAAGGAUGAAAACAGUUGCCUUGGAUACGGUGUUACGUAUUGAUGACGUCUCUGUGGCAGCAGAUACGACGCAAAUUCUUAACAACAUCUCGUUUUCAUCAUGCAGUGGAGAUUUUCUUGCCAUCAUGGGGCCUUCAGGUGCCGGAAAGACAACCUUGCUCAAUGCUAUAGCAGGGAGACAAUCAUUGUCGUCAGGGAAGAUAACUCUGUCGGGCAAAUCAUUUGACAAACAAUUGAGACGCCGACUUGGGUUCGUUUUGCAGCAAGAUGUGUUCUUUUCUCGCCUAACGUUGUGGGAAACACUUUACUUUACGGCUUUGAUACGGUUACCGGAGCAUAUAUCACGUGCUGAAAAGUUGGAACGCAUAGAUGAAAUUAUAAACAUGUUAGAUAUGCGUAAAUGUUCGGACACAGUUAUUGGAGACAUGUUUGAACGUGGAUUGUCCGGGGGAGAAAAGAAAAGAGCGAGUAUUGCUUGUGAACUUCUUACAGAUCCUGAUAUACUCCUACUUGAUGAACCAACAUCAGGCCUGGACUCCAGCACAGCCCUGUCCCUUAUCAAACAGAUGAAGAAAUUCGCUAGAGAACAUAAUAAAACGAUCAUCGUCAGCAUCCAUCAACCAUCCAGUCAGAUUUAUUACAUGUUCAACACCUUACUUCUCCUGGCAAGGGGCAAGGUAGCUUAUUUUGGAGGUGCACACAAAGAGCCGUUAGAUUUUCUCGGAACGUGUGGAUUUAAAUGUGACGAAAUGUGCAAUCCAGCCGAUUUCUUCCUUGAAGUGCUCAAAGCUGAUCAGUAUAAAAUUGAAGAGAUCGUGUGUGCAUUUAAACUAAAACACUCAUUCUCUACCAAUGAAUUGAGUUUAAAACAAGAUAAUGCUGAUAAUGGAAUUAUUUUAUCAAUCAACAACACUAGUCCUCUUCCCUUCAGUAAGAGUGAUUCUACAGCAUCAAUUAUCACCAAAAGCCAUUCGUCUGGAACAAUUGUUACACUUGAUGACUUUGACAUUGGCGUUUCAAAGUCGUCUGCGCAACCAAGAUGGCCGACCAGUUUCUAUACACAGUUUCGUAUGUUGUCAUGGCGGAAUUUCAAGCAAUCAAAAGGACGAAUAUUACAUCUUUAUGACGUUUGCCAUUAUCUAUUUAUGGCAGGCAUUGCUAGCAUGCUCUUUUUUCAAAUAUCGUCCAGUGCAGACGUAGCGCGAGACAAAAUGGGCGCAUGCUUCUUUUGUGUAACUUUCUGGACGUUCGCCCCAGCUUUCGAGGCGGUGUUAGCAUUUCCUGCGGAAAUAGGCGUGGUGUCGAAAGAAAGAGCUGCGGGGGCUUACAGGUUGUCAGCUUAUUAUUUUGCCAAGUCAGUUAGCGAGCUACCGUUGCUGUUUAUUAUGCCAACAGUGUUUUAUACGAUUGUAUACUGGAUGGUGGGACUGAACGGUGUUCAAGAGUUCUUCAUGACGUGGCCAAUACUAAUAAUGAGUGUAUUUAGUGCCCAGGGUUUGGGGCUGUUCCUUGGAGCUGCCAUACCAAACGUAAAGAUCUCCUUUUUAACAACAAAUACAUUGAUUCUGAUCGCCUUGCUAUUCAGUGGCUUUAUUACACAGUCAAUACCUCACUGGAUCUCCUGGGUGAAAUAUUUCUCCCAUAUACAUUACCCACUUAGUGCAAUUUGUCUCAUAGUGUUCGACAACAUGGAACCAGUCCCAUGUAAUGGUACGAGCGUAAAGAAUUUUCCAAAAUGUGUACAGAACGUAACGGAAGUGAUCACAUCAAAAGACGUCUUAUACGAAGCUGGAAUGGUCCUACCUAUACAUUGUUACCUAGCAACGUUUUCCAUCAUCUUUAUAUGUUUAAGAGUGGCAGCCUAUCUUGCUUUACGUUUUAGACGUUUCGUUCCAAAAUAGAUGUAUUCGAAUCAGACGGACUCAAAAUAACAAAAACAUGACCUGGUUAUUCUAAUGAUUCGACUGUUUUAAGGCCCAUUACGCGCAUGUCUCAGACAGGCUGUUUAUUUUUCAUUUCACAAAUCUUUGUUUUUACUCUUCUGUUUAUGGUUUCCAAAAAGUUACUUAUUGGCCAAUGACUGGAACCAUUUUUGCUGUUCUGUUGAUUUUUUUUCAAUAGAUACAGUUCUAGUGUGAUUUAGUAUUUUGUAUGGAAGUCAUAAUACUAUUAUGUUUAAUAUAUUUUGCUAAUAUCACAUAGAAUAAUUUCACAUUCAUCGUUAUUUUCUUCAGGUGAUGAGAAUUUAACAUGCUCUUAAACCGUCAUUUAAAUGUUAUAAAACUCAUGUUUUCCUAAAGAU